UGCGCACUUGUGUGCAACUGCUUUUCAGCAUCAGAUGGAAUGCAGAAGCAGGUUUAGACCUGAACUUCCGUGUCAGGCAGGAAGUAAGUGAAGUGAAGUGCCAGUGACUAACAUACAAAAGCGCUACAGCUCAGCACCCUGCUGCAUGUGGGUUGGGUGGUGUCCACCGUUAAACAGGAAAGAGAGGCAUUUUACAGAAAACUUAUUUAUGACCUCUUCACCUAGUCAUUAAAGCUGCCAGAAAAACAAGAUGGAUGACAUUGAUGCCAUGUUCAGCGACAUGCUGCAGGAGAUGGAUCUCCUAACGCAGAGUUUGGGAGAAGAAGCAGAGUCUGCACCUUUGCCUAAACCUCCCACCAUUCCUGGCCCUCAGGAAAUGAAUUUUUCCGUUGGUUUUACAGAUUUCAAUGCAUCCCUACAUGAUCUGGAAGACAAUGACUUGGAUGCCUUGAUGGCUGACCUGGUGGCAGAUAUCAGUGCCACUGAGGAAAAGUUUGCCACAGAAAAAGAUACAUUGAAGGGGUCAGCUCCAGUUGCCCCAAUACCCUCACAGCCUCCGAGUAAUUUAAGCUUCCCAGGAUCGUCUAGCACCUUAAGACAAGCAACUUCCUCCAACUCCAUUGCAGCCACACCUCCACCACCCACCUCCAAACCCUCAAAAGAAGAACUAGAGGAACAGAUCAAAGCAGAUAAAAUCAAGCUUGCUUUGGAGAAGCUAAAGGAGGCCAAAGUGAAAAAGCUGGUUGUAAAAGUGGAGAUUAUGGAUGGCAGCUCAAAGACUCUGAUGGUGGAUGAGAGACAAACAGUCAGAGAUGUGAUAGACAACCUGUUUGAGAAGACCCACUGUGACUGCAAUGUGGAUUGGUCUGUGUGCGAGACCAACCCUGACUUACAGACUGAACGAGGGUUUGAGGACCAUGAGAACCUAGUGGAGCCUCUUUCUACAUGGACAAGGGACACUGAAAACAAAGUCAUUAUAAAAAAGAAAAAAGACAAGUAUGAAGUGUUCAGGAACCCUCAGAAUUUUUACAUGUGGAAAAAGGAUAAGAAAUCUCUAAAGGACAUGAAAGAAAAAGACAAAGAACAACUUCUGGAGGAGAACUUCUGUGGAGCCUCCGUCAUUGUGCCUGACCUGGAGGGCAUUCUGUAUCUGAAGGAGGAUGGUAAAAAAUCCUGGAAACAGCGCUACUUCCUGCUGCGGGCCUCCGGAUUGUAUUACUCACCCAAAGGCAAGACAAAGGCUUCACGGGAUCUUGUGUGCUUGGUGCAGUUUGACAAUGUGAACGUCUACUACUGCAAAGAAUACAGAAUCAAAUACAAAGCACCAACAGACCACUGCUUCAUCCUUAAGCAUUCUCAGAUUCAAAAAGAAUCACAAUACAUCAGGUAUCUGUGCUGUGAUGAUGAGUGGACCAUGACUCUGUGGGUGACUGGGAUACGUAUUGCAAAGUAUGGUAAGCAGUUAUAUGACAACUACAAGGCUGCUGUGAGAAAGGCUGCAGGCUCUGCAACUUGGGCUAGCCGCAGUAUCCAGGCCUCCUCCAGCGCAUCGACACCCUCCCCUACACCUAAAGUCAGAGCUGCAAAUGGACAUGCUCCUCAGCCUGCAGUGGAGACCAAGGGUUCUAGCAACCAAACAUCUUUUCCACCACCUCCGGCUUCAAUGGAAACCCUGCCUCCUCCACCACCUGACCCCAUGUUGCCUCCUCCUCCCCCUGCUCCUCCCAGCACAAACAAAGUCAACCAGUUUCCUCCACCUCCUCAGUUCCCACAAUCCUCCUUCCCACCUCCACCCAUGGAUGACCUGCCUCCUCCUCCACCACCUCCUCCAGAAGACUCAGAGCUGCCCCCUGACUUCCUGCCUCCACCACCACCUAUUUUUUCAUCUUGCGGGGGAGAAGCACUCCCUCCACCACCUCCAGACCCCAUUGCCUCUCUUCCACCUCCGCCUGCUCUCCAAAACUUUGCAUCUGCAGGUGGAGCACCGCCGCCACCCCCACCCCCACCUCCCCCACCAGCUCCUGCACCGGCUGCCAGCAAACCUGCCGGCUCCGUCAGAAAAGUGGCUCCACCUCCCCCAAAGAGGACUACACCUCAACUAGCGGCGCCAUCAGGUGGCGACUUAAUGUCAGAACUGAUGACAGCAAUGCAGAAAAAGCGUACUCAAUAACUUGAAGACAGAUAGAGCUAAUUGACAUGUUUUUAUAGUUGGACUGAGGAACUGACCGCCAAAACAGUUUUUGGUGUGACAUUAGGACACACAUGAUUCUUUUAUUCUUUUGUUGUUUAAAAUGUUUUGUAUUACACCACGAAACAAAAAAAGAUUUGUAAAUAUGUUCUUUUGCAAUCAAUUAGAUACUGUAUUUACAAUACAUAUGCCAUAUCAUCAUUGCUAAUGAAAUGUCAAUAAAUAAGGAUUUGCAAAGUUAA